AUAAACACCUAUCUCUAUAUAUGAUCAAGAAACUUCUAGCCAUGAAAAACUUCUCCCCCAAAAAAGAGAACAGGUUCAGGUCCUCUGCAGCCAUGAGCCACCAUUUCCCUCCAGCCAUCAUCCGCGGCGCCUUCGAAAACGUGAGGCUGAGUGGCCGGAAUGUGGGUGCGUCGAUGAUAGCCGGUGGUGGGGAUGAUGAGGGCGGCGAGGCUCGGGGAAGCUGCAGCAUAAAUAUAUACAUAAAUAAUGAUGUGCAAGGCAUCAACAACUCUCUGUUGUUGGGCAGUGAUGUGAGAAUGGGGGACCCUGGAGUUAGCUUGUCUUUGGAAGGAUUGGAUUUGGAUAGAGGGAUUCGCCUUGUGACCAAGAAUAAGGCAACUGAUUCUACUACACGUUUGGUAUUAUUGCUUGCGUUUGGAACGCUCAUUCUCUCAAUCUUAGCUUAUUUUUUAGCUUGAUUAUGUCGUACAAAUGUUAUAAUGCCAAAUAUCUUAGUAUUAUUUGUUUUGUUUUAUAUGGUUAUUAUGAUGCAAAUGCCUCUGAAAAUUA